AUGGCCUCCCAAGCCGAUUCCAAUGCUUCUGGAACCCCUGAUCUCAACGUCGCACCCGGGGUGUCCGUGUCGCCUACCGAAUCCGUGGCCAUCGGUGCCCAUAUCGAUGGUGCCGACUCCCAUCACCACCACCAUGGGGAUGAUAGCCCGAAUCCUCUUAUCAACUUCCCCGAGGGAGGUAGCCCCCGGUCCAAUACUGCCAGUGCCAAUGAAGUGAGCCUUGACCUCAAUACAGUGUCCAGCGACCCCGAGGAGGUCGCGGAGCAGUGGGCUCAGCUCCGACGAGACAUCGAGAAGCAAGUGGAUAUCCUCAGGUUCCGUCUCGAUGAGGUUCUCCAGUCAUUCCAGCCCACGCUCGAAGCGGGUCUGGAGAUCGGUCCCGAUCAUUUCGGGAUGCAGCUUUCCCGUGCCGUCGUGCGUGACGAGGUCGAGCCCGUUUUGGCCCUUGUCGACGAAGCGCGCCUUCUUGACAUCUCGCAUGAGAUUCCCCCUGCCCUCGAAGAAUACCUGGAGUCGAUAAGUCCUGCAAUCUGGAGUUUGAUCGACUUUGCUGGACAAGAAGGGCCUACAUACCACGACUUGCUUACAGCUUUCGAGCCGGCAAACCCCUGA